UUUCAUGGUGGCACUGGCAAGCGCAGACCUCGGCCUUGGCAUCUUCGUGGUCCCUUUCACGGUGCAGACGACACUGGAGGGCGUGUGGACGUACCCUGAUCGGGUGUGCCAGUAUGUAGGCUUCAUGUCCUCAACCUUCACCCUCUCAUCGAUCUUCCUGCUCAUGGACCUCAGCAUCGACAGAUACGUGUCCAUCGCCAAGCCCAUCGAGUACUACAGCGUAAUGACCAACCGUAAAUGCACAUUCAUGAUCAUGAAGUCUUGGCUAGCAGCCUCACUGUACUCUAUGGGACCGUUCUUGGGAUGGGGCCGUUUCGGUUACAGUUAUAAGAUGUAUAUCUGCACGCUUGACAUAUUCUCUAACACAUCAUUCGGCAUAGUUGUGUUCGUUCUGGUCAUCCCUCCGUUCAUUAUCAUGUUCAUUCUGAACAUCAAGAUUUUCAUCAUCGCGAGAAAUCAUGCCAAACAGCUUUACCAUAUCCGAGGUAGUCAGGGCCAGGUGACCAACCAUUACCCCAUCACUGCAAUCAAGGCAGCAAAAACCGUUGCUAUCGUCAUAGCGACGUUUGCUAUAUCGUGGAUCCCCAUGGUUACAGCAUACGCCUACAGCGUCUUUGCCAACCAUCGUCUAGCCCCAAACUUGUCAUUUUCCUUCAUGUAUCUCGCCGUCGCUAACAGUUUCUGGAAUUGUGUCAUCUAUUCGACCACAAAUUUGAAGUUUCGCCUAGGAGCUCGCAAGCUCGUUCUCAAAAUGAAGAACAGAAUGUUUCCCAGAUCUUCUUCCGUCCAAAACUUGAAGAUAGAACGUUCCAUCACCAUGUACUCUAUAUCGACCGUGUAGGUACAUUGUAAGAA